ACGGGGCGAAGUGUUCUUGGCUGAGGCUUUUCCUCGCGCGCCUGAUGGCGAUUGCUUGUGUCGGCAGUCGAGAACCUCCUACAGCGCCCACUGUCUCCCUCCUCUCUUGCCCCGUGUCCGUGCGUGUCCGUGCGCGGGUUUCACCCUUAGCCGGGAUCAUCGGCAUCCUCCCGGCCGAGCUGUUCAUGCAGAGCGAGCGACCGGGGGCAUUCGUGAUCGCCGGGACGGUGAACUGGGGCAGCUUCAUCAUCAUCAGCGUCGUCUUCCCCUUCCUCAUGGAGUCGCUGGGCCCCUUCUGCUUCCUCCUCUUCUCCGCCGACUGCCUCCUGGCCGCCGUCCUCGUCCACCGCUGGCUGCCCGAGACCAAAAACCGCUCCCUGCUGGACAUCGCCCGGCACUUCGAGGCCGUCGGCCGCGGCCACGCCGGGGGAGGCCUCGCCGGCACCGGCGCCGGGGGAGGCCUCGCCGGUGACGCCGACGAUGGCGGCGGCCUCGCCGCCACCGCCAACAAGGCCACCGCCGCCAUCAACAACGCCGUCGCCGCCGCCGCCGCCACCAACGACGAUGGCGACGAGGAUGACGAGGAUGAGGAGGAUGAGGAGGAUGGGCCUCCACCUACGACGCAUCGUGGGGUCACGGCGCUGCUCACCAAGCUGCCACCGCCGGCGGGCCAGGGGAGAUGUUGACGACCUCGCCCGGUGCGCAGGAGGUCGUGGGUCUCUCCCUACCCCGGUGAGAUGUUGACGACCUCGCCCGGUGCGCAGGAGGUCGUGGGUCUCUCCCCACCCCGGUGAGAUGUUGAUGACCUCGCCUGGUACGCAGGAGGUCGUGGGUCUCUCCCUACCCCGGUGAGAUGUUGACGACCUCGCUUGGUACUCA